GUUAAUUUCAUUCGUACUAAUCUUUCGCCUUUUACUAAAGAUUACCGUGGAAUUGACUCGACUCGAUGCGGCUUCAAAAAUUUAUGACCUCCCUUUGGGAGGAACAGCCCAACCCAUGAUACAACGUCCCAGCACCAACCUUUUUCCCUUCCUUACACAUCAUCGCCCAUUCACUGGUAUCCCCUAUAUGCAUGAUAUCCUUGAUUUGUUUCACGGCAGUAGUACACGAGUGUAAAUAAGAAAGCUACGUAACUAUCCCAAGUUAUGAAAAUGUGAACCUAAAACAACGUGACGCUCGACUCAUGAACUGGUGUGGUAAGCCAUUUAUCCGGAAGUGUUCAGCAUCCGUAUGACUCAAGGGCGAGCUCAAUUUCCAUUUUCACCUUUGAGCAUCUAUCGAACCAUGCUUGCUGCCGUUGCCCGCCGCGCGUUUAGCUCUGCCGCGCGCCCCUUUCGUGUGUUGGGCAUCCAGCAAGUCGCUGUGGGUGGGUUGAACAAGGACGCCCUGCGAAACUUGUGGGUGGACACGUUGGGCUUGACGUACAAAUCGUCGUUCCGCAGCGAGCGCGAAAACGUCGACGAAGAUAUCUUGGAAGCGGGUCGCGGUCCGUUUGCCGUCGAAGUGGACAUCAUGCAACCGAUCGACGCCGCCAAGGCGCCCAAGGUGCAUGUCCCUCAACUCAACCACUUGGGCCUUUGGAUCGACGACCUGGCCACGUGCGUCGACUCGCUCACGAAGAAGGGCAUGCGCUUCACCCCCGGCGGCAUCCGCAAGGGCGCUGCCGGGUAUGACGUCGUGUUCAUCCAUCCCAAGGGCAACGACGCAUUUCCCUUGUCGGGCGAAGGCGUGCUGAUCGAACUCGUGCAAGCGCCGCCCCAUGUGAUUGCCGCGUUUGACGCCAUCAAAGAAUAAUAAUAUGCGACACCGUUUCAAUUCCACCAUAUAUUUAUCCA